AUGCUGGGCACAGCAGUGCAGCUCUCAGUCCUGCUUGGCCUCGUCGGCUUUGGGAAAGCCCAGAUGUUUCACAUGGGACCAUGCCCAGAUCCACCAGUCCAAGAAGACUUCAAUAUCAACAAGUAUUUGGGGAAAUGGUACGAGAUAGAAAAGCUGCCAUCAAGUUUCGAGAAAGGAAGAUGCAUCCAGGCAAAUUACUCGUUGAAGGAGAAUGGGAAGUUCAAGGUGAUCAACAAGGAGCUGCUUUCCAAUGGCAAAGUCAACGAAGUCGAAGGAGAAAUCAUGCACAUGGAUGUAAAGGAGCCGGCCAAGCUGGGCGUCCGCUUUAACUGGUUCAUGCCUUCUGCCCCUUACUGGGUCAUCUCCACUGACUAUGAAAACUACUCACUGGUUUACUCCUGCACCAACAUCCUCUGGCUCUUCCACAUUGACUACGCCUGGAUUUUAUCAAGAGCUCCCGAGAUGCACCCAGAAACCGUGGAGCAUCUGAAGAGCAUUCUCCAGUCCUACAAGAUUGACACCGAGAAAAUGAUGCCCACGGAUCAACUUAACUGCCCUGCCGAAAUGUAA